GUCAAGUGCAGAAGUGCCCAGUGUAUGUUUGUUUCCUGACUCUCCUUAGAUCUUCCUACCACCACCUUAUGUUUUUCAACCACUGAUUCCUAACUGCAUGGCUCCUUUUUCACAUCAGACAAUAUUCCUUCUCCCUCUAUCAGCCAGGGCUUAGAGUGCAAAUAGGUCCUUCCUGGGCCAUGGUUCUGACCUCUCUAGACUUAGCAGGCACCCAGGCCACUCAAUUUCAGCCAAAUUAUGGUUCAUAUUUGGGAAAGAGAGACAACCUGGAAACGUACCACUAUUUGUGGUUUGCUUUUAAUUGGAAACGUGUAUUCCACAUUCUGAAAAGCCAAGUUACAAACCUUUACUCUGCAAAGUUAUUUUCUUGGAAAUAUAAUUUACAUAUAACAAAAUUUACCCAUUUGGGCUAUACAAUUUGAUGAAUUUGGGCAAUUUGGAGUCACUUAACCUCUACUCAAUUGAUAUGGAACACAUCCCUUAUCCUAAAAAAAAUUCCCUGGUUCCCUUUUGCAGUUGGUCUCCUCUCCCAAACCCCAGCCCCCAACCCAGGCAAUCACUGAUCUACUUCUGUUAUAAUUUUGCCCUACCUGGAACUUCAGAUACCGUCAUUGGAUUCAUACAGUAUGUACAAACCUUCAUUUUUAAAACAUAUUCCGCUUUUAAGUUGAAGAUUUCUACAUUUUUCUAUUCACACCAACUGUUGAUCGUGCAUAGGUAUGUUAUAUUAUUUGAGGAAUAAAUACCAAACAUGUGCCAAGUGAGAUGAAUCUGACUUCAAUGAGAUGGUUCUGUAAAACCAAAGUGAGUGUUCACUUCCUUUGUGAGAGAGCUCUAGUCCUCCUGUACUCACUUCCUCACACGGCACAGCAGCACUUUUUGCUGCUUCUAGUGGUUAUCUUGAGGAGGUUAGGUUAUUUUUUGUUUCUUCUUAUUACUUCAAAACCACUUCUGCUCUUAGAAAUUUUGUAACCUUCCACUCGGUUUCCGGUAGACGCCAUUUUGUCUCCUGUGACAAUUUACACGCCGUGUAACUGUGUAUCUUUUAAAGCCUCAGUUCUAUGAACCCGUGGAGCCGGUGGACUUUGAAGGACUUCUGAUGACACACCUGAACAGCCUGGAUGUGGAGCUUGCCCAGGAGCUGGGCGACUUCACCGAUGACGACUUGGACGUGGUGUUCACACCAAAGGAAUUUAGGACUUUGCAGCCCUCUUUGCCAGAGGAAGGGGUUGAACUGGACCCUCAUGUCAGGGACUGUGUUCAGACCUAUAUUCGGGAGUGGCUAAUCGUUAACCAGAAAAACCAAGGAAGUUCGGAGAUUUGCAGCUUUAAAAAGACUGGAUCUCGAAAAGAUUUUCACAAGACGCUGCAGAAACAGACUUUUGAGUCAGAAACCUUGGAGUGCAAUGAACCCACCGCUCAGGCAGGGCCCCGCCGCUUGAAGGUGCUGUGCCAUGUGUCUGGGAAAGGCCCCCUCACCGCCUGUGGCUUUGACCUCCGCAGCCUGCAGCCUGACCCGCGGCUGGAAAACCUCCUGCAGCACGUGAGUGCCGAGGACUUUGAGAAGCAGAAUGAGGAGGCCCGGAGGACCAAUCGGCAGGCCGAGCUCUUUGCCCUGUACCCAUCUGUGGACGAGGAGGAUGCUGUGGAAAUACGUCCGGUACCAGAAUGUCCCAGGGAACAUCUGGGCAACAGAAUAUUGAUCAAGUUGCUGACACUGAAGUUUGAAAUAGAAAUUGAGCCUCUGUUUGCCAGCCUUGCCCUCUACGAUGUUAAAGAAAGGAAAAAGAUCUCAGAAAAUUUUCACUGUGACCUGAACUCCGACCAGUUCAAAGGAUUUCUGCGAGCUCACACGCCCUCAGUUGCCGCGUCAAGCCAGGCGAGAUCUGCGAUCUUCUCGGUCACCUAUCCAUCCUCGGACAUCUACCUAGUAGUCAAGAUUGAAAAAGUCCUUCAGCAGGGAGAGAUUGGAGACUGUGCAGAACCCUACAUGGUUAUCAAAGAAAGUGACGGUGGAAAGAGUAAAGAAAAGAUUGAAAAACUGAAACUUCAAGCUGAAUCCUUCUGCCAACGUUUGGGGAAAUACCGGAUGCCCUUUGCCUGGGCGCCCAUAAGCUUAGCAACCUUCUUCAAUGUCUCCACCCUCGACAGGGAGGUAAUGGAUGUGGAGCCCACGGUUGGGAGAAGCUCAGUGGGUGAACGGAGGACUUUGGCCCAGUCUAGAAGACUUUCUGAAAGAGCCCUCUCCUUGGAGGAAAAUGGGGUUGGAUCCAACUUCAGAACCACCACCAUGACCAUUAACACCUUUUUCAAGCAGGAGGGAGAUCGCCUCAGUGAUGAAGACUUAUUCAAGUUUUUAGCCGACUACAAGAGAUCAUCUUCCUUGCAGAGACGAGUCAAGUCAAUUCCAGUCUCACUCAAGCUGGAGAUUUCCUCAGCUCCAGAGACAAUCAAUUGUUGUCUGACUCCGGAGAUGUUGCCUGUGAGACCCUUUCCGGAAAACCGGACACGUCCACACAAAGAGAUUUUGGAAUUUCCAAUACGAGAAGUGUAUGUCCCUCACACUGUGUACAGGAAUCUUCUCUACGUCUACCCACAGAGGCUGAACUUUGCUAACAAACUAGCAUCUGCCCGGAACAUUACAAUAAAGAUUCAGUUCAUGUGUGGAGAAGACGCCGGCAGCGCUAUGCCAGUCAUCUUUGGAAAGUCCAGUGGGCCUGAAUUUCUGCAGGAAGUGUACACAGCCAUUACAUACCAUAAUAAGUCUCCUGAUUUUUAUGAAGAAGUGAAAAUUAAGCUCCCUGCUAAGCUCACAGUAAAUCACCACCUCCUGUUCACCUUCUAUCACAUCAGCUGUCAGCAGAAGCAAGGAGCCUCCGUGGAAAGUCUCCUGGGAUAUUCAUGGCUGCCAAUUCUCUUAAAUGAACGUCUUCAAACUGGAUCCUACUGUCUCCCGGUUGCCUUAGAAAAAUUGCCACCCAACUACUCCAUGCAUUCUGCCGAGAAAGUCCCUUUACAGAAUCCUCCCAUUAAAUGGGCUGAAGGACAUAAGGGAGUAUUUAAUAUUGAAGUGCAAGCUGUGUCUUCUGUUCAUACCCAGGACAAUCACCUGGAGAAGUUCUUCACCCUCUGCCACUCCCUGGAGAGCCAGGUGACCUUCCCCAUCCGCGUGCUGGACCAGAAGAUCAGUGAGACUGCGCUGGAGCACGAGCUGAAGCUCAGCAUCAUCUGCCUGAACUCCUCCCGCCUGGAGCCGCUGGUGCUCUUCCUGCACCUGGUGCUGGACAAGCUGUUCCAGCUGUCCGUGCAGCCCAUGGUCAUCGCCGGCCAGACAGCCAACUUCUCCCAGUUUGCCUUCGAGUCCGUGGUGGCCAUCGCCAACAGUCUGCACAACAGCAAGGACCUGAGCAAGGACCAGCACGGGCGGAACUGCCUGCUGGCCUCCUACGUGCACUACGUCUUCCGCCUGCCGGAGCUGCAGAGGGACUUACCCAAGUCAGGUGCCCCCCCUGCCCUCCCUGACCCCCGCUACCACACGUACGGGCGCACGUCCGCUGCUGCCGUGAGCUCCAAGCUGCUGCAGGCCCGGGUGAUGAGCAGCAGUAACCCAGACCUCGCCGGGACCGCGCACUCCGCGGCGGACGAGGAAGUGAAGAGCAUCAUGUCUUCAAAGAUUGCUGACCGCAACUGUAACAGGAUGUCUUACUACUGCUCUGGCAAUAAUGAUGUUCCAAGUUCGACUGCAGCCCCAAGGCCAGCCAGCAAAAAGCAUUUCCACGAGGAACUUGCCCUGCAGAUGGUGGUCAGCACUGGGAUGGUGAGAGAAACAGUCUUCAAGUACGCCUGGUUCUUCUUCGAGCUCCUGGUGAAAAGCAUGGCCCAGUAUGUACAUAACAUGGACAAACGGGACAGUUUUCGGAGGACUCGCUUCUCUGACCGUUUCAAAGAUGACAUAACUACCAUUGUUAAUGUGGUCACCUCGGAGAUCGCGGCCCUUUUAGUAAAACCUCAGAAGGAAAACGAACAAGCGGAAAAGAUCAACAUCAGCCUGGCUUUCUUCUUGUAUGACCUUCUCUCCCUCAUGGACCGUGGCUUUGUGUUUAACCUCAUCAAACAUUACUGCAACCAGCUGUCAGCCAAGCUCAAUAACCUUCCAACGCUCAUUUCCAUGAGGCUGGAGUUCCUGAGAAUCCUCUGUAGCCAUGAACAUUACCUCAAUCUGAACCUCUUUUUUAUGAAUGCUGAUACUGCUCCAACAUCGCCUUCUCCCUCCAUAUCUUCCCAGAAUUCGAGCUCCUGCUCCAGUUUCCAGGACCAGAAGAUUGCCAGCAUGUUUGACCUGACUCCGGAGUACCGCCAGCAGCACUUCCUCACCGGGCUGCUCUUUACGGAACUGUCUGCUGCCUUGGAUUGCGAAGGGGAAGGAAUCGGCAAAGUGCAAAGAAAAGCUGUCAGCGCCAUCCACAGCCUGCUAAGUUCUCAUGACCUGGACCCUCGUUGUGUCAAACCGGAGGUGAAAGUCAAAAUUGCCGCCCUUUACCUGCCUUUGGUUGGCAUCAUUUUGGAUUCUUUGCCACAGCUCUAUGACUUUACAGCUGCAGAUGUGCGUAGUGGGAAAAGCCGCACCAAUGGCUCAGAUGAAGAACAAGAAGGGGUCAGUGCAAUCAACCAGAAUGUGGCCCUGGCCAUAGCUGGGAAUCAUUAUUUGAAGACAAGUGGAGUAAUGCUAUCUUCCUUGCCCUAUAAGCAGUACAACAUGUUGAAUGCCGACACCACCCGCAACCUCAUGAUUUGCUUCCUCUGGAUCAUGAAAAAUGCUGACCAGAGCCUCAUUAGGAAGUGGAUUGCUGACCUGCCGUCAAUGCAACUUAACAGGAUUUUAGAUCUGCUUUUCAUCUGUGUCUCAUGCUUUGAGUACAAGGGAAAACAGAGUUCUGACAAAGUCAGUACCCAAGUCCUGCAGAAGUCGAGGGAUGUUAAGGCCAGGCUGGAAGAGGCCUUGCUCCGUGGGGAAGGGGCCCGCGGGGAGAUGAUGCGCCGCCGAACUCCAGGGAAUGACCGAUUUUCAGGCCUAAAUGAAAAUUUGAGAUGGAAGAAAGAGCAGACACAUUGGCGGCAAGCUAAUGAGAAGCUAGAUAAAACAAAGGCAGAGUUAGAUCAAGAAGCUUUGAUCAGUGGCAAUCUGGCUACAGAAGCAAAUUUAAUCAUCUUGGAUAUGCAGGAAAACAUUAUCCAGGCGACCUCGGCCCUGGACUGUAAAGACAGCCUGCUGGGAGGUGUUCUGAGGGUCCUGGUGAAUUCUCUGAGCUGUGAUCAGAGCACCACCUACCUGACUCACUGCUUUGCGACACUCCGUGCCCUCAUUGCCAAGUUUGGAGACUUGCUGUUCGAGGAGGAGGUGGAACAGUGUGCAGACCUGUGUCAGCGUGUGCUACACCACUGCAGCAGCAGCAUGGACGUCACCCGGAGCCAGGCCUGCGCCACCCUCUACCUCCUCAUGAGGUUCAGUUUUGGAGCCACCAGUAACUUUGCAAGAGUAAAGAUGCAAGUCACCAUGUCUCUGGCAUCCUUGGUGGGCAAAGCACCAGACUUUAAUGAGGAGCACCUGAGAAGAUCCUUGAGGACCAUUUUGGCCUAUUCAGAAGAGGACACGGCCAUGCAGACCACUCCUUUUCCCACCCAGGUGGAGGAGCUUCUCUGCAAUCUGAAUAGCAUCUUGUACGACACAGUGAAAAUGAGGGAAUUUCAGGAAGAUCCUGAGAUGCUUAUGGAUCUCAUGUACAGAAUUGCCAAGAGUUACCAAACAUCUCCUGAUCUGAGGCUGACCUGGCUCCAGAACAUGGCAGAGAAACACACCAAGAGGAAGUGCUACACGGAGGCCGCCAUGUGCCUGGUACACGCAGCUGCAUUAGUGGCCGAGUACCUGAGCAUGCUGGAGGACCACAGCUACCUGCCGGUGGGCAGUGUCAGCUUCCAGAAUAUUUCUUCCAAUGUGCUGGAGGAGUCCGCGGUCUCUGACGACACGCUGUCGCCCGACGAGGACGGGGUGUGCUCCGGCCGGUACUUCACUGAAAGCGGCCUGGUGGGCCUCCUGGAGCAGGCGGCUGAGCUCUUCAGCACGGGAGGCUUGUAUGAGACGGUUAACGAGGUCUACAAGCUGGUCAUCCCCAUCCUGGAAGCCCAUCGAGACUUCCGGAAGCUGACCUCCACUCACGACAAGCUGCAGAAGGCCUUUGACAACAUCAUUAACAAGGAUCACAAGAGAAUGUUUGGAACCUACUUCCGAGUUGGUUUCUAUGGAUCCAAAUUUGGGGAUUUGGAUGAGCAGGAAUUUGUUUACAAAGAGCCUGCAAUUACCAAGCUUCCUGAGAUCUCCCAUAGACUGGAGGGAUUUUAUGGUCAGUGUUUUGGUGCGGAAUUUGUGGAAGUGAUAAAAGACUCCACUCCUGUCGACAAAAGCAAGUUGGAUCCAAACAAGGCCUACAUACAGAUCACUUUCGUAGAGCCCUAUUUUGACGAGUAUGAGAUGAAAGACCGGGUCACCUACUUUGAGAAGAACUUCAAUCUGAGAAGGUUCAUGUACACCACCCCCUUCACCCUGGAGGGCCGGCCUCGGGGAGAGCUGCACGAGCAGUACAGAAGGAACACCGUGCUGACCACCAUGCACGCCUUCCCCUACAUCAAGACCAGGAUCGCCGUCAUCCAGAAGGAGGAGUUUGUUUUGACACCAAUUGAAGUUGCCAUUGAAGAUAUGAAGAAGAAGACCCUGCAGUUGGCGGUUGCCAUUAACCAGGAGCCCCCUGAUGCAAAGAUGCUUCAAAUGGUGCUGCAAGGCUCUGUAGGAGCUACUGUAAACCAGGGACCACUGGAAGUAGCCCAAGUGUUCUUGGCUGAAAUUCCAGCUGACCCAAAACUCUAUCGACAUCACAACAAGUUGAGGUUAUGCUUUAAGGAAUUCAUAAUGCGAUGCGGGGAGGCAGUAGAGAAAAACAAGCGUCUUAUCACCGCAGACCAGAGGGAGUACCAGCAGGAACUCAAAAAGAAUUACAACAAGCUGAAAGAGAGCCUUAGGCCAAUGAUCGAGCGGAAAAUUCCAGAACUCUACAAGCCCAUAUUCAGAGUGGAGAGUCAAAAGAGGGACUCCUUCCACAGAUCUAGUUUCAGGAAAUGUGAAACCCAGUUGUCACAGGGCAGCUAAGCAAAGCCAUCUCCAUGCAUGGAGACUGGGGCCCUGCAACCCUGGAGAAGGACUCACUGGUACUUAAAACAUAAGACAUUUGCAACCCAGGACCAGCCACGUACUCCCUGAACCACCAGCACUCUGAAAGCUUCGGGAUCCAAGGAACCAUGGAAUUACACCCAGGUGGACUCUGACCAGAUUUUGGCCCUACAGAGGGAAGGGAGGCAGAUGGAGGAUCUGUGUAUUUAUUAAAGUGUGUAUUUUCACAGUAUUGUACAAAACAAGGCAUAGGUAGCUUCUCCUGCUCGCUGGUCAGUCACUGUCCAGCUGACAGAGGUGACUUCCUCUGGCCUAUAUUUGAAUUUACAGGAUAAGCUCAAACUGCCCAAAGCAAAAUAGAAAAACUGUUCACAAACCUAUUCAAAUUGAACUUCACUCUUUAUGGGAAGGGAAGAUGAACUUGUAGGAGUGGGAAACAUUUUCAAUACAUCUAUAAGGGGAAGCCUUACUAAAAUUCUAAAAAUCAUGAUGGUUGGAAAUUUGAGAAUCUAUCGAGUAUUUGUGAACUUGUAGGGUAACUUUUUUGGGGUAACUUUUUUUGUUACCCUUUUGGUAAUGGUGGUUAAGUGUUGUAUAGUUAUUUUUGCUUUGCUAUAAGUUAAUUUAACAUGCAUUUAUAGAUGAACACACUCAAAGCACUGAUUUAGAAGAUACAUGGUACUUGGACAGUCAGCCAAAAAUCAUGGAUACUGCAUUCAUUUAAAUGGAAACAAUUUCCCUAUAAUGCUUUGCUUUUUUUCUUAUGCUUGCUCUUGCUUACUCUCUCUUUUUCUCCUCUCUGGGACCAAGUUUAUUUUUAUAAAAGAAUAAUAUCUCUGUUUUCAUUUCAGAACAUUGUGUUGUCAGCAUAUGUACAUCAGCUACAAGAUAUAUUCAGCUUUGAAUUCUCUUGACAAUGUACUUUAAGAGAAAGAUGAACAAAGUUAUUAUUUGAGAAUUAAAUUAUAUAUUUUUAAUAUAAGAGAUGACCUUGACUGAUCUAAAAAUGUAAUAUGAAUUACAGGC